AUUUUUCGGUUCCUGUACGAAAAGGCGCAAAGGAGUUAUUCCUCGUUUAAGCUCCAUUAUUUAUGAGACCAACUGGGCGGGCGGGCAAUGCGACCCGAGCCUGAUUUGAACGGAACUUACAUUUAAAAUGUAACUGGUGGACUUCAACCAAUUACUGUAACUGGUUGCACUGCAGUUGUUGCUUAGCUGAGAAUGCACCUUUAUGGCGAAAAGCGUUUUGAGUGCCACCCUGUGUACCAGUGGAACUCUGUGGAUGUGCUGACAGAGAGCGGACUCUUCCAGCAUGUUGAAGUGAUCGACGUGGCGGAGAACGGGCUGAUCGUGGAUUUCCAAAGCAAUGAACAGCGAGCGCAGUUCGUCAGCUACGACAAAAUCUUUCAUGCUUCCAUCAUUCCUAAUUCUGUGGGGGCCCAGCGCCAAUACAAACUGGGGUAUGCCGAACUGCAGUGGAGUCCCUCAGCAAUUGCGAAUGCCCGUGUGCAGGUCCUGUGGCGCUCGCAGCCGGGUGCUGCGUGGCUGUGGUACCCUGCCUGGCUCCUGAAUCGUGCUUUCUCCUUCCCCUUUAAUGACAUUUGCUUGGUCUGGGCCGCCGUGGAGGUGGAGGGUCGACGGCACGUGGAAUUGUUCUCCGCGGAUCAGGUGCGCUUCCCGCCGUCCAAGAAGCGCUUGGCCGAACGAGUGAUCCACCCGGGCUCCUUUGUAUCGCGCGAAUGCCGUCUGCCUGUUGAAUUCUGGCCGAAUACAACGCACACAGCAGCAGAUAAUUUCAGUCGGCAUCCGCCGUUUCAGGACAAACAUGUGCGUAUUCUAUCCGUUCUCGGGGAGACCGUAAAGUAUCUGCAGCGAAGUGACGCCGAACCUAUCACCGAAGAGGACGUGCAAAAAGUGUACGACGCGACCAGAGAGUUUUUCUCAAAGCAACCGGGCUUGUCCAAUGACGAACAGGACAAUCCUGCACUGCAGUUGUCCAGUGUUCGGAAGACGACCCGCAAACGCAAGUAUUCAGAGGAGGAUGCACAGCCGGAAGUGGAAUGCGUAUUGCCAGCCGCGACGCAUCUCCUGCUGGAGAUCUUCCAUUCCUUGGACAGCCUCACCCGCAUAAAACUGCGUCGCGUCUCUCCGCUGUGGAACACCGUCCUGACCGGCGCCGACAGCGCGAAAACCGUCCGGGUGUCCUUCGUCCUGAACCCGUUUUUCCCACGGGAAGCGGAGAAUUUCACCCAGGUAUUCGGCGCCGUGGCUGGCCUGCUGAAGUGUACGAAUGCUUCCACGGAACGGAUUAUUCUUGAGGAUAUGUGGGUGGAUAACUUUGAUGGUGCCCUGAUGGUGAUCAAGUAUCUGCUCCAGAACAUCCGGCUGAAACAGCUGACAUUCCAUAAUGUGGUAAUGGACUGGGAUGAUCGUUUUGAUGAGGACUACGCCGGGAGUGGUGUGGUGGCUGUGGAGGAGUUGGAGGGUGGAGGCAAGACGUUCUUCAGGCGCUUAGCCAAAACGCUGAAUAGUUGGGCACCGUGCUGCGAUGAACUCCGGCUGCGACGGUGUACGUUCACCUGUAUCGAAAAGAUGAACGCAGUUAUUCAACACGCGACGAUUAAGCUGGAUGCAGCGGAUAUUGAGGCGCAAUUCUGGGAUCUGUACGAGGCGCAUUUAUCCCGCGACGGGGUGAAUCUGGAGGAAAUGGCGGAAUGGAUUCGAACAGGAUCGGAAGAACUCCGCAACAUGGUUGCCCAGUACCUGGAGGACUGGCAGAGCUACGAUCCGCGAUCGACGACGCAAUAUCGUGGUCAAGAGUGGACGGUGGAUAAUCUGAAAGAUCUGGAUGUCUCCAAGCUGACCACCAUCACGCUGCGUGCCUUGAAAGAACGCCUUCCGGAGGAAAUGAAAGAUUAAUGCCAUAGAUUAACUGCAAAAUGUGAUUUUUUUGUGUUCACGAAUCUUGUGGUGGUAUUAAUCUUGAAU